CGCAUGCGCAGUUCCAGUCUCCGCGCAUACCAUGGGAUGCUGCUGCUGAUGCUGCUGAUGCUAGGGCUGGAUGCAGAAACAGCGUGCCUGCUCUCCUGCAGGAUGCAGAACUGACGCAAAGGCAAUGCGUUAAAACGCGCAGAUGUUAGGAGGCAUGUUUGUUCAUGAGCGAGCCUGAAUCCGAGGAGAUGUGGUCAAGCAGAAAACCCACGGAUGCUCUUCUGUCGCGCACUGCUUCCUCCAUCCCGCUCCCAGCGAGUCGCCCUUGAUAUAGGAGCAAGCCUCGACACCUCCAGCCAUGAACACCGCAGUGUGUUUUCUGCACAAACCCAGAGCCAGGCUGGCGUGUGUGUGCGCCGCGCUGCUGUGGCUACAUGCGUCCUGGUGGUCGGUGUGCGCGGGAGACGACCAGUUCAGCGCCGAGGUUUGGUUACAGAAGUAUGGCUACCUCCAGCCCACGCAGCCCAACAUGGCCGUCCUGCGCUCGGCUGUGACCAUGCAGUCAGCCAUCGCCGCCAUGCAGCGUGUCUACGGCCUCAACAUCACGGGACAUUUAGACCUGAGUACUAUAGAGUGGAUGAAGAAGCCCAGAUGUGGAGUCCCCGAUCAGGUCAGGAGACAGUCAGGCUCGCAGUCACGCACACGCCGCUACGCGCUCACUGGACAAAAGUGGCAGCGCACGCACAUCACAUACAGUAUAAAGAAUGUGACCCCUAAGGUGGGCGCACGGGAGACUCACGAAGCCAUCCGGAGGGCAUUUGACGUGUGGCAGAGCGUUACGCCGCUGAACUUUGAGGCUGUCCCCUACAGCGCGCUGGAGAGCGGUAAGCGUGACGUAGACAUCACCAUUAUCUUCGCAUCCGGUUUCCAUGGCGACAGCUCUCCAUUUGAUGGAGAAGGAGGCUUCUUGGCUCAUGCGUACUUCCCUGGGCCUGGGAUAGGCGGUGAUACGCAUUUCGACUCUGAUGAACCCUGGACCCUGGGCAACCCCAACCAUGAUGGUGAGAGAACGGCAGGGAAUGACCUGUUCUUGGUGGCCGUCCAUGAGCUGGGCCAUGCUCUGGGUCUGGAGCACUCCAAUGACCCCACUGCGAUAAUGGCCCCCUUUUACCAGUACAUGGACACGGAGAGCUUCAAACUGCCUCACGACGAUCUACAAGGCAUCCAGAAAAUCUACGGUCCUCCAGAUAAGAACCCUCAGCCGACACGGUUGCUCACGACGGCGCCCCCUCCUCGCCUGCACCCUCCAUCUGACCCUCGAAAGCACGACCGUCAGAGCCGUCCUCAUCGGCCGCCACAGAAAUCCAAACCCUCCAACCCCAACUCCAAACCCAACAUCUGCGAUGGAGGCUUCAACACACUGGCCAUCCUGCGCCAAGAGCUGUUCGUCUUCAAGGAUCAGUGGUUCUGGAGGGUGCGUGAUAACUCGGUGGUGCCUGGCUACCCCAUGCAGAUCAGCUACUUCUGGAAAGGGCUGCCUCCCAAGAUCGAUGCUGUCUAUGAGAACAGUGAGGGCAAGUUUGUCUUCUUCAAAGGCCAUCGUUUCUGGGUGUUCAAGGACACCACUCUGCAGCCCACGUACCCUCAGGACAUCUCGCUGUUUGGCAGUGGGAUGCCUUCUCAGAACAUCGAGACGGCUGUGUGGUGGGAGGACGUGGCCAAAACCUAUUUUUUCAAAGGGGACAGGUACUGGAGAUACAAUGAGGACAUCCGGAGUAUGGACCCUGGUUAUCCCAAACCCAUCACCAUUUGGAAGGGCAUCCCAGACUCUCCUCAGGGUGCCUUUGUGGACAAGGCUAAUGGAUUCACAUAUUUCUACAAGGGAAAAGAGUACUGGAAGUUCAACAACCGGAGGCUGCGGGUAGAACCGGGGUACCCCAGGUCCAUCCUGCGAGAUUUCAUGGGCUGUGAUGGCCUGCCCUCGGACCCCGACUGGGACUGGCGGCCGCCGCAGGACGACGAGCCACCACAUUACGAGCAUGACGACGUGGAUAUCGUGCGUAAACCUGAGGGCACGGGUGGCACCGAAAAGGCUGUGGCCAUCGCCAUACCCUGCGUGCUAGCCCUAUGCCUCAUGGUCCUACUGCACACUGUUUUCCGGGUCAAGCGUAAGGACACCAAGCGCCACAUACUGUACUGCAAGCGCUCCAUGCAGGAAUGGGUUUGAAAAGUGGGGGGUUCUGACUUCCCCAUUCCAAGACAUGUGGGAUGUACCAUUGUGUCUUACCCGAGGGGUGGUGUUGAACCUCUUUCUCUCAUGGGAGGGAGGAGGAAAGGAAUGGACAGCAUGCCCACGUCCUAAUUGUGGUGUCUGCUCUUCCCAGGAGCGCUGUGUCGUUAUGUGUGUGUCAUGUCAGGCCUCCGUUGUCGGCUAUCCGCAGCCAUUUUGAGACUUGAGUCAGAUCUCAAAAGUAACUCAAUAAAAUAAUCACUGAAGGAUGGACCUUUUCAAAUAAAAAUACAUUAUGUAUCUCCUACUACUUGUAUCAGCUUCACAUAAAGUGUGGACUCUUACGUUCCUCCAGAAUCUUUAUGGUUUAAGAACUGAUACUCAGAACAAAACAUCCUUGGUUUCCAAAGACCGUUGUUUUUUUUUUUAUGUUCAGUUUUUUUAAAGCAUACCUCUCAGUUUGAGUAUAAAUUAACUGUGCAUACAUCUUCAGGUUUUAUGCGUUCUAUCAUUCUGUCAUCAGCUUUUACAGUCUCCAACUCUAUCUGCAAUAUUUGGUUGAAUGCCUUAAUCACAUAUCUACAAUAUUUCUUUUUCAGCGUAACAGUGUGCGUGGGUGUGCGUGUGUGUGUGUGUGUACGUGUAUGAUAAGAGAUGGCUAAUCUUGUAACCUACAGUCGAGUGCAAAAGUUUGCAUACCCUUAGGCCAUUUUUAAAUUAAUAGCCACGAGACAUUCUGGUCCUGAUUUACGAAGAUCUCAAACAGUCUAAUUUGUGUGUAAUAAAUUGUGUGCACAUUUAUUAGGUAUGUUCUAGCUGAUUUACAAAAAUGAUUAAACGGAAACAUCAUUUAAGUAAAGUUGCAAGUUCAGCUCUCACAAAGCCAAAUGUCUGAGUAAUUACAUGUCAAAUAUGGCACGGAUGAAAGGUGGUGAGGUGUUGUAAAACCGUUGAAAACAAUUUGAUUUCAUGUAUGAACAUAAAAGAGUCCAGAAAUGAGUUGUUCUGUUAUGUUGUCGACAUCAGAGGUACAAAUGUCCAGCAAAUAUCUAAUAUGAAACCAACUUUACCAUGGUAAUAUUGUCAUAAUUUCAAGAAACAUUCUCAUUAUUUUGAGAUACUAAAAAACUUCAAUGAAAUAAUGGUUUGAUUUUGUCUUCAAAUGGCAGAAACAGAGUUUUUGCAAAUUUAAUACUUGCUCUUCGUUCGUAUUCAUUUAUACACACACAGUGCUUGUUCCUGAAAUGACUUUCAGGCUGCUGUAAACAACAGCAGGUUCUAAAUUAAUCAAUUUACAUAGAAUCUGCACUGUAUUUUGCACUUUUAGGUUAUUUAUUAAUACAUGCAAAAUCAGAAACAAUGUUAUUUUACUCAUCUGAAAGAUGCAACCCUCCAUAAAGCCUGCACUUUUUUUUUUUUUUACACGGUGUUUUUACACGCACAGACCUUCAGUAAAUCAGGGUUUCAGUUCAGUUUUGCUGCUGUUCAUUCAUUAUGAAAACAAAAAUGGUCAAAUAGUGUUUGAUAAGACAUUAAUGCUGAAAAAAUCUAAAAUAAUAUUAUCAUACACAUCAUAUAUUCUUUACAUCAGGGAUUUUCUGUUGAUUUUAUGAUUUCAUAUUUAAGUAUUUUUCUGUUGAUUUUGCCUUAUAUUUUGGAUUGGAUUGUUGCAGGACACACACAUACACUUUUCAUUUUUACUUGUUUGGUAUUCUGUUUUUUUUUUUUUUUAAGAUAAAUUGUAAAAAAAAAAAAAAAAAAAAAGUACAUUUUCCUUUUUUGUUAAUUCUGAAUCUACGGGGGAUUCAAACUUUUGCACUCAGAUGUAUGUUUUAAACUGCUCUACUUACCAUAAUAAUAAGGUAAAAAAAAAUUCUUUGUUUUAGGAAAGGUCUUCCAGGUUAAAAUGUAAAAGAAGCAGUGGACAUCCUAGAAGAUGUUGUUUAGCAUUCUGAAUAAUCUAAUAAUCUAAUAAUAUAAUAUUCUUUAAUAUUAUGUAGAAUACAGACUGUCAGAAAAAUGUAACCAUGUAGAAACGGACCCAUUAAAAUUAGCGUAGCUUGGGGUGCACUAUAUUUGAUGAGACAUUACACUGAACUAAACUAAUAUUACACUAAUAUUAACAACAAUAAUUCAAAACUAAAAACUAAUAAGCUCAGAUGGACAUGUAUGACUUUAUUACAGAUUUUAUACUGAGGCUGGUUUAGUGAUUAGAGAAAAAAAAUGCUUGAUGAAAUCAAGAGUCAAAGAGAAAAAUAAUUUAAAAAAAGACAGAUACUUUUAAGUUAUAGCACUUUUAAGUAAAAACAAAUGAUAUGACCUGUUUUUCUAUUUUUCAUUCAUCUCUUGCGUUGCUGUUUUAAUGGUGGAUCUCUGACGUCCUCAGAAAUUAAUGUUCUCCAGGAUUCAUUAAUGAGGCAGUGGGGAGUGUGUGGCUGCUAAAAAGUUCAGCAAGCGUCAUUGGUACCACUCCAAUCCAAUUAACAACUUCCUGAAUCACGAGAUCGCACCGUGAUGGAACACACAGACUUCACAUUGUUACCGAUAUGGCAGCUUUCUCAACUCUGCCUUUGGAAACAAGAUGUAUAUAUUUGAACAUGCUGUAUAUAUCUCAUAUAGUGUCUUGACUAUGGAUGUGAAGGGCAGAUUAUACAGUAUUAAAUACUAAGAUAUCAUUCAGAUCUGCUGUGCGUCUGUGUGUGUGUAUGUGUGUGUGUGUGUGUGUUUGUCAUUCUUUUGAAACAAUCAGUUAUUCUACUUGCGCUCUACCUGAUCCAGUCACUUUAGAUGGGGUUUCUUUAUCAGAAACCUCAUCUAUGUGUGAAGUCCCUCUCAACAGCUAGUUUCUAGUUUGUCACAUUUUCUGUGUCAUUAUUUAAUAUUUUCAAAAUCCCAGAAAGGUUGGUGAGCUGUAUUUA